CGUUGUUGCAUCCUCCACAUAUCACGAUGAGUCAGUACGUGCACGUUCCAAAGUCCGAGCUUGACGAGGGUCAGCUCCGGCAGCUGGAAGAGCAUGAGAUCAGUCAAGGGCCUCUCUCUGUCCUGCAACAGGCCGUUCGCAACCAUGCUCAGGUUCUCAUAUCCCUGAGAAACAACAAAAAGCUUCUGGCUCGUGUCAAGGCAUUCGACAGACAUAGCAAUAUGGUGCUUGAAAACGUCAAGGAGAUGUGGACCGAGGUUCCAAAAGGCAAGAACAAGAAACCGGUGAACAAAGAUCGCUUCAUCAGCAAGAUGUUCCUGCGGGGUGACUCGGUGAUUCUGAUUCUCCGAAACCAAGCUUAAAACGCGUCCGUUGGACAAGCUAUGCAUACCAUUGUUCCUGGUCACACAUCUGGUCGUGUAUACAACAGCAAUGCAAAAUUCAAGCUACUAACUAAUGUGUGCAUUCGAUGCUACUUACUAUGAGUAGCUUAUACAGCCAAGCCUCUUAUGCGUAAAAGAUGAUUGCAUUCUUUGUCGUUGCUACUUCGUGCGCUGGGCCCAGCCUUGGGAACGAAUCCAUUAGUUUGGCAUAUGCACGUUGAUGCCUC